AGAGACCAGGCUGAGACAGACAGAGGACAGGGCUGAGACAGACAGAGAGCAGGCUGACAGAGAGCACUCAGAGGGCUCCACUGUCUAGCAGCUCCUCCUGUUGUCAUGGAAACAAACAUUGGGUCAGCAGUCAGUAGUGUAGUGUCUAGAGCCUUCCUGUGUACACUCACAGAAAUAUUACACUCACAGAAAUGUUACCCAAUGUGUUAAUCCCCUUAUAGGAUUAAUAACGUUUAUUCAAUUAAAUUGAUUCAAAUUACCCUAUUGCUCUCACACUCACUUUUAUGUCUAUAGUAAAACACAACUAUACACACAAUUGACAGCUGUACAGGGUAUCUCUGCUGCCACAGGGAAACCCAACUGGCCACAGGGGAAUGUCUCAGGAAAUGUCAACAGAAGACAAACUGUACUGUAUGGUAUGUACUCUGACACCAGAACCAGUGUACAUACUGCAUGGAUGCAUGUGCACGGUUUAUCAGACAGACUCCUCCCACGAGAGCUGCUCUUCUCUACCGAGUCACUUGUUUCUUUCACAUCUCCUCACCACCGAAGUGAAAGGGAUGACUCAAGCUAUAGCCAGACUAAUCCUGGGGCAACUUUCUCGCUCUCUUCCUCUACUUUCUCUGUCUCUGUCUCUCUCUAAGAUUCCCCCUUAGCCUCUGUCUCUCCCCCCUUUCCUCUCUGUCCACCUUGAGUGACAUGCCUGCAUCUCUACCUCUCCACCCAUUCCACCUAUCUCCACCUCUUCAACCCUCCCACACCUCCUAAUGGUUCUGCGCUCUCUUAUCUCUCUUGGAGGUACAUUUACAUGUAUAAUCAUCUUCUCUUUCAAAUGGGAUGUAAGUACUAAGCAGGUGGUUAAUGUCCUUAACGGUAAAAAUGUCAAAGAAGAUAUUCUUACAGCAUAACUCUCUACUGAUGACAUAACACAUCCUCUUGAAAGAGGAGAAAGGAAAAGGAGAAGAGGUAGACAUGUGGGCAGAUAUAAAUACAGUAUAUAUAGAGCAGAAGAUUGGGAAGGAGACACAGGCUGCAUCUCAAUAGUCUAAAAUGGCCUCCUCUCCUUGUCUCCUCUCCUCUUCAUUUGUACUGAACUGACAACAUUGGAUGAAUGGAAGUGAUGUAAGAUUUAUGUAAAUUAAGGAAAGGACACAAGGAGAGGAAGCCACUUAAGACUAUUGAAAUGUAGCCCUUGUCUCUGUGCUGAGUGAGAGACUGACUCACUCCUCAGGCUUCUGUGUGUGUGUGUGUGUGUGUGUGUGUGUGUGUGUGUGUGUGUGUAGGUUCUAGUCCCUGACUGCCAGUGAUCACACGUACCAACUCUGUUUAUAUCACAGCUCAGCCUGGAGUACCAUCCAGGGGCAUACACACAAACACACACCGCCUCAGCCUCCAGUACCAUCCAAGGGCAUUGGAAAAAUCUGCCUAGGCUCUGCUAUCACACUCUCUCACAUAGAGGGAGAGAGAGAGACUCCUAAUAUGUCUCUGUUUUCUUUUAGAGUAGAAUCCCAGCUCUCUCAGAGUGAAGCAGAGCCAUGAUAUAGACUAGUCCAGGCUGUUUAUCUCCUCCCAGGAAUGGAAGUCAAGUAAACCAACACCUCACUGAGUGGAUCAAUGAUUAAAUGGAUUGGAUAAAUUGACUCGGGUGAACUGAAUUGGGUGAACUGAAUUUGAUAAACGCCUCAGUCAGCGCAACAAAUGAUGUAGACAGUCAGGCUGUCUUUUCCCAUCGGUGGGAUUGUGGAUUGGAACAAUCCGACCGUCUGCCCGACGGAUUGAUGGGCGGGUCCUCCGUGGCUGACAUCGCGCUUUGAACAGGCGGAGUUCCACCGGCAAAUACUCAGCUGUCGCGCGGAGGAGCGGCGAGGGACAGUUGGUGAAGUCCAGAGACAGUCACUAGGAUUCGCCUAAUUGACGUCACAGCGUUGUUCUGUCACCGACUAUUUCGGAACCGGUGAGCGUUUGAACUCUGACGUCACAUAAUAAAGACCCAAGAGGGAUACCAGCGCGGGAGAGAAGAGAGGGACCGGGACAUGUUCAUAUGAUCUGCCGAUUUUUCUGCUGAAAAUUAUCACUGAGAGCCAGGGUGUGUGUUGGGGGUCGCUGACAUGGGGAAGGACUACUAUAAGACGCUGGGUAUCCCUAAGGGUUCUAACGAGGAGGAGAUCAAGAAGGCGUAUCGCCGCAUGGCACUGAGGUUCCACCCAGACAAGAACACAGACGCCAACGCAGAGGAUAAGUUCAAAGAGAUUGCUGAGGCCUACGAAGUUCUGAGUGACCCCAAAAAGAGGGUCAUCUAUGACCAGCUAGGAGAGGAGGGUCUGAAGGCAGGGGGCAGUAGUGGUCAGUCUGGGGUCCCUGGUGGGUCGUACCACUACACCUUCCAUGGGGACCCCCAUGCCACCUUCGCCUCCUUUUUCGGCGGCUCCAACCCCUUCGAUAUGUUCUUCGGACCGCACCGCAACCACCAUAACCGCUCCAACGGCGUCCACUCCAAGGUCCACAACGACCAUGACAUGGAAACAGACUUGAAUGAGGAAGACCCCUUUGCCUCUUUCACACACUUCGGCUUCCCCGGGGGGGUCAAUGGCUUCCCUGGCCAUGGUGGGGGCAGGAGGAGGGGGGUGCAGUCGGAGCGUUUGGGGGGGUCCAGGAGGCAGCAGGACCCCCCGGUCGUCCACGAGCUGAAGGUGUCUCUGGAGGAGAUCUUCCACGGUUGCACCAAGCGGAUGAAGAUCACCAGGAGGAGGCUGAACCCUGAUGGCAGGAGCAGCCGUACGGAGGAUAAGAUCCUGAACAUCGUGAUAAAGAGGGGAUGGAAGGAGGGCACCAAGAUCACCUUCCCUAAGGAGGGGGACGAGACCCCAGAGAACAUUCCAGCAGACAUCGCCUUUGUGCUCAAAGACAAAGGACACGCCCACUUUAGGAGGGACGGCUCCAAUAUCAUCUACACUGGCAAUAUCAGUCUGAAGGAGGCGCUGUGUGGCUGUACGGUGAACAUUCCCACCCUGGAUAACCGCGUCAUCCCGCUAACCUGCCAUGAUGUCAUAAAGCCGGGAACAGUAAAACGGCUGAGGGGGGAGGGCCUGCCCCUCCCGAAGAGCCCCACCCAGUGCGGCGACCUCAUCGUAGAGUUCACGGUUCGCUUCCCAGACAGGAUCCCUCCCCAGUCCAGAGAGAUCAUCAGACAACACCUGCCCCAGUCUUAGGACAACACCCCUCCCCCACAGACUCAUUGCCCCCCCACCAUAUACACACAAACCAUUUUUACCAGUUGGACCCAACCCCUCUUCCCCCAUUUCAAGAAAUCACUGUUUUUACCAUACAACGUUACAUGGACACUCAUAUUUUUAAGGGAAAGGUUUUUUUCUUCUGGGAAUGACAGAAGUGCCAAGAGGAACUCCAGUUUUAGGAUGUUUUAGUUUAUUUUCUCUUUUUGCCCAAGCGCACACAAAUGGACAUGGCGAAGUGAUACGGAGGAACGGCUCAGCGUGGCUUUGGCUUUUACCGGAACUCCUUUUCUUAACGCUCUUUUUUCUACAUACUUAUCAAGGGUUUUAUACAUCCCCCGAUCCUCUUCUUCUUCUCUUCUUAUGGAUGAGUUGAGAGGAACACUUUAUUUGAAAAAGAGAAGAUUGUUCAGGAUUUUACAGAGGAGUUGAAAGUUGAUUAUUUUAUUGUACACCCAACCAGCAGCUUCAGUCUCUGCUCCCCAUUUUAACAUAAUCAUCUGUUUCUGUUUCUUAUGUUUAAUAAAGCAUCAUGUGUGAACUCUA